GGAAAUACGCAGGACUCAGCUGGUCUUUAAAGAUGGCGGCGGUUGUCGUCUUCGCCGAGUGCUUGGUGGUCUUCGCGCCUCUUUCAGGGUUUCUGGCACGCUCCUGACUCGGUCCACACUGCUCGGUUCUGACGUCAUGCGCAGCGCGUUACCGGAUGCUGCGCGUGAACCACACGGUUGUUUUAUCGCUGCUCAUCGUCAGCAGCUGCGUCUUCCUCCUGUUCCAGCUCCACUAUUACCGGAAGUACGUCAGCAAGCAACCAGGUCUUCACUUUCUGAACCAGGCAGGUCACCUGACCGCCAGCCAGGACCAAUGGCAACUGGUGAAGAAGUUUCUAGCUUUGGCUCAGCAUUUCAAGCUGCCACUGUUCCUGGUGGACACAGCGGCGCUGGCCCUGCUGUCCCGGGAUUCUUUACUACAGCGUGAUCACAUGGUCCAUGAGCCGCACUGUAGCUUCCUGUGCACCGGCCGGCCAAUCACAUCGUUCGCUGUCCAUGCCAAUCUGUGGAAGUAUGACCCUGCUUUCCUACUGGCUGCUCAACAGAAAGGCUUUGAGCUGCUGGAGCUGCGAGGAGAAGACCCACGAUUGGCCAGCCUGGACACCCUAUCCGGGCAGGAGAUCCCAUUGCACUUCCUGUUCCGUCUCCACAGUUACAUCAUCCAUGUGGUGUUUCUGUAUGAACGUAGCGGCAACUACCUGUGGCACGGAGAAUUACGACUUAAAGCCCACAUGGACCGAAGCUUUGCCCCCUUCAAGCAGCUGGACUACGGCCGCUACGCCGGAGCAUAUGACAGGCAGGAGCUGAUCCUCACCGUCUUGGAUGGCCUCAAUGUCCGAGUCCCCCGCAAUAUUUCCCGUUUCCUCUUCCAACAGCAACACGCCCGUUUUCUGGAAUGCCGUUACCGUGACGCCCGCAACUUCCUGCAGCUCUACCCUGAUGACUCAUCUUCAGCCGCUGUAGAUUUCCGAAGGAAAGUGAAAACAUUGCUGCAUUUAGCUGCUCGAACACUCGCUCAGCUCCACAUCCCGUUCUGGCUCAGCAGCGGAACCUGUCUGGGAUGGUUCCGGCAGUGCAGCGUCAUCUCGUACAGUCGAGACGUCGACAUUGGGAUCUUCAUCACAGACUUCAGGUCUGACAUCAUCCCAGCGUUCAGAGAUGCCGGCCUGUCCCUCAAACACAAGUUUGGAAAGGUGGAGGACAGUCUGGAGCUGUCCUUUGUGAGGGACGACGUCAAACUGGACAUUUUCUUCUUCUAUGAGGAUGGAGACGUGGUGUGGAACGGAGGAACGCAGGCGAAGAGCGGCAGGAAGUUCAAGUACGUCUUCCCUCGCUUCUCGCUCUGCUGGGCGGAGCUUCUGGAGCUGAAAGUUCGUGUUCCAUGCCAGACGCUGGAUUACAUUAUGGCGAACUAUGGCACCGCCUGGACCGUCCCCGUCAGGACCUGGGACUGGAAAUCGUCUCCUAGCAAUGUACAGGAAAACGGGGUAUGGCCUCUGGCAGAGUGGGCGGGGCUUAUCCAGGUGUUCUGAGGAUCAGUAAGACGAGGAGGAAAAGACGAUGUUAUUUAGAUUUUUUACUGUUUUAACCUGUAACACAUCUGUGGUUGGAAUAAAGUUUGAACACCUCC